GGUCUGCUAUUUCUAUCAUUAAUCUGUGAUAAAGAAAAGGCUCAUCUCUAUUAAAAGAAUAAUUAUUUAAGAAAUCUUAAAUUAUUUUCAAAUAAUAAAACUACGUUUCACAGAAAUCUAGAGCUUUGAAGAAUUCGAUUGUACAUCUGUUUCGUAAAGUGACAUUCGGUGAUAUGAACAAUUAAAUCGUAUUAAUUAGUAAUAAGUUCGAUUAAACAGAAGUAAUAAUAAAGCGAGUCGAUCUUGAUGUUCUGCUGGACUGACAAUCAUGACACGACUAAGAGGCAGAGCCUCUUUAAUGGUCAUCAUAAUGAUCAGUUUUACUCUGUUGAUUGUGAUUUAUCACAUUCUCAGUAACGAGGUCGAGGACAUCGCAUCCAGUAAAUUAAAUCCAAGAUUAAAGAUCGAAGAAGUUUACCCAUUGAGUGAUCUCACAGAAAACCCCCGCAAUAUUGCCAGAAAACAACGAAUAGAGGCUCACAUAAUGGGUAAAUUGAAAAGCGGUGGAGGACAAUUAUUCAGUGACUUCAAUUAUGCUAGAUCAGAUGCAGAAAAUAUACCCUUGUUCAAAGGUCACAAAAUUGUACAUUUGGAUUUAAAGGGUGCUCCUCCUAAAACAAGUUAUUACAAGUACUUGUUCAGAUUGCUCAAAAGAUUAGGUGCCACUGGUAUACUUAUAGAAUAUGAGGACAUGUUUCCUUUUGAUGGUAAGAUACAAGAUAUCAGUGCAGGUAAUUGUUACACCAGGAGAGAUAUUGCAAAUAUUCAAGAGAUAGCCAAGGAAAACAAACUCCUGGUUAUACCAUUGAUUCAAACCUUUGGUCACAUGGAAUUUGUUCUGAAAUUAGAGAAAUAUAAAGAUUACAGAGAAGUGCCACAUUAUCCACAAGCUUUAUGCCCUACUUACAACAAAACCUUACCAUUACUUUAUGAAAUGAUAGAUCAAGUAGUAGCUGCUCAUCCUGAUAUAAAGCAUUUGCAUAUAGGAGCUGAUGAGGUAUAUCAGAUAGGAGAAUGUACCAGAUGUUUGGAUAUAAUGGUUAAGAGACAAUGGGGCAAGAAGCAAUUGUUCUUGGAUCACGUUUCAAAAGUAGUAAGAUACAUUAAAGACAAAUAUCCAGAGCUAAGCAUUCUCAUGUGGGAUGAUGAAUUCAGAGAAAUUUUACCUCAGGAAAUCAUAGACAGAGGCUUGCAUUUAAUGGUGGAGCCAGUUGUUUGGAAAUAUACCACUGAUCCUGCAACAUCAUUAACUGAUCAGCUGUGGGAGAGCUAUGCAUCAGUUUGGAAAGAUAUUUGGGUUGCUACAGCUUUCAAAGGUGCCACUGCACCGGAUAGAUAUUACACAGAUAUCGCAUACCACAUGGAAAACCAUCAACGUUGGUUGGAGAUUAUUAAUAAAUACUCCACUCAAACUACAUUCAAAGGCGUUAUUUUGACGGGAUGGCAAAGAUACGAUCAUUUCAGCGUACUUUGCGAACUCUUACCCUCUGCUAUACCCUCUCUUGCUGUAAAUUUAGCCAUUCUUCAAGCUCCAGAUUUAAGCGGAUUUCCAGUAGAAGUACCUACAGCAGUGUUACAAGCACUGCAAUGCGAGGGCAUGAUUUCGUUAAGUAUCCCAGAACCACAGUAUGGGUGGACUAAAUGUAGCUAUCAUGGUAUAUCAGUUUAUGCCACAAUUUUACGUCUUUUCGCCUUGACCCAAGAAGUUAAUAAAAUGGAGCAGGACAAUACCUUUAAGGGAUGGUUGAAACCAUACAAUCUGAAGUAUUCGUUUUCAAGUCCUAGCCACGUGGAACGAGCAGUUGCUGAUCUGGACAGACAUAAAAUGGAAAUAAUGUACAUUGAGAAAGAGAUGCGAUCGGCUUUGGAAGAGAUAUACGAUAAUUACACGGUACAAGAAUGGGUAGAGACAUACAUUACUCCAAUGAAUGAGAAAUUUGUACAAUUGUGGGAAGCUAAAGAGAAAAUUUUAGAAAAGAACGUGUGGCCAAGAAGACCGUUAACAAAAUCAGAAUUAUAGUAAAAUGAAUAUUAAAAUUUAAAAAUGAAGAUAGCUUCCAUACUGCUUAAUGAGAGACUGAAGACCACAUUAGGGUAAAGAAAAGCGACGUACUAAUUGAAAUAUUUAGAAUCCUUGUUUUUUAAAAGGACGAGUAAUCGAUCAUCGAUCGAUACUAUAUGAAAUCUAGCAAAAUUAUAAUUUUGCACCUGGUAUCUUGGUCUCAGUUCAAACGACUGCACCGUCCGUGGAUUUAGUCUGGUUUAUUCUUUUAAGAAUCAGGCUCAAAGUCUUUAGUAAACCGUGCACUUAAAAAAGGCGACUUUAAUACAGUUUUUCAAUUAGCAUUUCCAAAAUAUGAAUUUAAACUUCAAGCUUGUAUAUACAAACAUAUAGAAACGAGAUCAAUUAUCUGAGAGUACGAAGUGCUAAUUUUAAAAUUGAUCUUAAAAUUGAUAAAUUGUAGCGUCGUUUGGAAACAUUGUAUACUCUUCUUUAUUAAUACCCCUUUUUCGUAUAAUUUCUGAUUAAGACGACUAACUUACUUGCUAAUUUAUUAACAAUUUUUUACCCUUUUCGAAGGCUUCCAAUUCAUCUUUUAUUCGAAGCUGAUUGUUCCAAGAAUGCGCACACAUUGCGAUCCUACCUGUUUUUUACCUGUUACACGACGUAUUCCCUCGUUAAUUGCGUUUUAUUUUAUACGUACGUUCAAUGUGUAUUGAUUGCAUGAAUAGUGCCAUUAAUUAGAUUUAAUGAAAACCAGUGUUACAAAUAAUUUUUAUUCUAUCGUGUCCAAAACACGAAUAAAUAUAUAUGUUUGUUGUUAUAGUCUACUUAAUUUUAUGAUUAAUUAAUUAAAAAGAACCAAUUAUAAUACUCGGUUCGCUUUGUGAUUACUUCACGGAUAAUCUUUUUAAGAGCACUUAUAAAAAUCAUCUCAAGCCUCUAAUACCGAGUUCAUGGCAUGUACUCAAUCUACAAUGUAUGUAAAUUACUGAAUGUAUAAUAUUACCUAUUAUUGUAAAAGUAUUUUUAACAUUGUUACAUCGACCCAUAUUAACACGAUCACACGCAAUUAGUAAGAUUCUAUCGAUAAAUAAAUUUCUUUUUAAAUCUA